GCACGCUGGUUCAUUAAUUUUUUUGUCUUUUUGAAUGUGAUACGUCCAAACACGAUAUAUAAGACAAUUGAAAAUGCUUCGCCUUGAAUGGAAAUUGAAUUAUUUUUUUACUUAAGCCCUCAUAACGGUCCUUAGUGCUUGAUUUAUUUUAAAAGCUUUGAUUUGAUAAAGCAAAACAACAUUAAAAACUACUUAAUAAAGAGCAGCUGGUAAAAGCGAAGAGCGCAAAUGUUAAGGCAAAAAUGUUGCCCUACUCUGCCGGCACUGUGCACGACUGAUUUUUAUUUUAGAUUUGCCUUGCAGACCUCGUAAUAUAACUCAAUCGUUCCGGGAAUUUACAUAUACACCUACAUCCAUUUAUAUAAUACGCUUACAAAUACAAAAACACAUACACAUAUAUACACAAAGAUGGCUUUAAAGGACUCUACAUCCGCUGAGAAGAACAAUGCAUCCGUCUAUCACACAACUACAGUGCCAAAAAAGCCAAAGCGGCGUGACAAAAGUGAUUUGGGACCCAAUUUCGUGGCGCCCGAUGGCGGUUGGGGUUGGGUGGUUUGCAUAGCAGCCGGACUGAGUAAUCUUUGCAUGUACCCUCCCCUGCAACAAUAUGGUAUGAUUUAUCGACAACGUUUGGUGUACUUGGGAUUCUCCGCCAAAGAGACUACGACAAUAGCGAAUGUUAUGCUGAGCGUGUCGUCAUUAGUGGGCAUUGUCAAUGGUGCCAUGUUUCGCCGCUUCUCAUUUCGUCAGGUGGCCAUCACCGGCAGUCUUUUGAUAUUCAGCGGAAUUUUACUCACAUCUUGGUGUACCACAUUUUGGCAUUAUAUUCUCUGUUUGUCAAUUAUAUAUGGUUUGGGUCAAGGCCUCAACGUGAGCGCCUUAUCACUGGCUGUGAAUACAUACUUUAAAAACCGUCGUCGACGUGCAACUGCUUUUACCUGGACUAUUACGGGUUUGGGGCCCAUUAUAUUUCCACACUUCACUUCCCUUAUAUUGAUAUACUACGGUGGCCAGGGCACAAUUCUAAUUUAUGCAGGCAUUUCGUUGAAUACGCUUUUGUGCGCUUUGACGCUGCAGCCGGUAUUGUGGCACUCACCAAAACCGCAAAACGUUGCCGAGGAGGAGGUUAAUGAGACAACGAAAUCGCUGUCAAUUCCUAUUAGUGCCAAUGAAUUGGAAUAUGAAUGUAAAUACUGCCGGUAUAUGAAGCGCGAUCGGGUCAGUGUGGUCGCACCGCUAUACCCCAUCGACGACAAUGAGUCGGAUACAUAUAGUUACGAGUUUACCGAACCCGGCACUCCUCUGAUGUCACGUGCCAACGAUGGCUGGUUCGGCUCAAAGUCAUCGCUGAACAGCUCAAUACGCUUGAGAAAUAGAAUAGUACGCCAUCUGUCGCUGAAAGCACCAAUCGCUGAGGCGGAAAGGGAUGGCGAUGAAGAUGAUGAUGCUGAGAAAGAGACGUUCAAUUUGGAGAAGCCUAAUCAAGUGAAUAUCGAACUUGCGCAACACGUUAAUCGCACUGAAGAAUUCCGUUGCACCUGCGCAGAGGAGAAGGCCGCACUACAAAAGCUCACCACUGAUGAAUUGCAGCAUGAACAAGAAAAGUUGAAAGCGGCCGAAGAAGCUGAGGAAUUAGUGCGGGAGAAAAUGAGCUUUAGACAGAAAGUAGUUAAAUUUUUCGAUUUAGAUCUGUUGAAAGAUUUCACUUUUGUCAGUUUGGCACUCGGCAUGACUGUGAUGAUGUUCGCCGAGAUAAACUUUUCGAUUUUAAUACCCUUCAUUUUAGAUCAAUAUGGUUACAACAAUAAACAGAUCUCUACUGCCUUGUCCAUGCUAGGUGGCAUGGACAUUUCUGUGCGCUUCCUGACACCCUUCGUGCUAGAAAAUGUUAAACUAAGCAAUCAAGUGUUAUUUGCUUUCGGUAUCAUCGCAAUCUCGCUAGGUCGAUUGCUGAUUACAAUAACCGACUCAUACUAUGUGACACUGGGACUAUUUGUGCUCAUUGGUUUCGGAAGGGGCUUCCGCACAAUCUUCUCAUCCCUCAUUAUACCCACGUAUGUGCCUUUGAAACGUCUGCCAGCUGCAUCUGGUCUACAACUUGUCUGCAACACUUUAUUCUCGCUGUCCUUCGGGCCGCUUUUAGGUGUCAUUACCGAUGCAACAAGUUAUACAAUGACAAUCCACUUUCUCAAUUUGCUGACUUCUCUUGCUUUGUUAAUGUGGCUGUUGGAGUAUUUGGUGCGUCGCAUGCUUGGACUGAAGCCUAAAACAACAAUGGAGGACUAGCAGAAUAUUUAAUAGUAAUUUUAAAUUGUUAUUUAGAAAGAUUUAGUUCAUAACUUGUAUAUAUGUACUUACAUAUAAUGUGUGCCCCAAAAAGGGCUGUCUAUUUUGAAAAGAGCUAUUUUGUAAUAGGCGAACGCACAGCGCUGUUCUUUGACAACAGUCAGGUGUGAGAACUGAGAUUUAGUCAAUUAAAUUGUGAAUAUUGUGAUCCUGUAGGUUUGCUGCUUAAGUAUUUUUUGGAAGGAACUUAAAGGAUAUGGAAUUAUCUGAAAGAGUCGGCACUGUACCAUAAUUGCCUGUGAAACCUGGGCAAAAGGACCAACCUCACUAGACGGUCAUUAUGGUGUAUUACAUUCUAAUUACAACAUAACAUUCUUAUUACAAGAAAAACAAAAACUUCAGAACUUUUACAAAGAGAAGCACUGCGUUAUUUCGCUAUUUCUAAAUA